AUGGCGCUGCGAUUCCGUAUUCUGACAGGGAGUGUAUACAAAGACUUGGAGCUGAAGAGACACGGGUUCCCGGCUGAGGGCUGCAUCAACGGGUCGGUCGUCCUGGUCAAGACACACGAGUUCGGCGGGAACAACUCAUUCAAGCACUUCGAUAAGACAAUCUUGAUGGUGCGAGACCCAUACGACGCCAUCCUAGCGGAGUUCAACCGACACUAUGGCGGCCAUAACGGGUUUGCCGCCAGGGCCAGAUAUAAGAGCCAAGCGUGGCGAGAUUUUGUCGAAGGCAAGUCCCAGACCUGGAGUAACACGUUCCUCGAUUGGCUGAAGUUUCCGGGUCCGCUGCUCAUCGUCCAAUACGAGAAGCUGAGAGACGACCUCGACAAUCAGCUCAGAAGAAUAACCAGAUUCUUAAACUUACCUGAAGUCUCCCAAGAAAGGAUGAACUGCGUCUUAAGAAAUUCGGAAGGAAAAUUCAAGCGGCGAAGAAACUCAGAGGACAAUUUCGACCCGUUUUCGAGACAACAGAGAGCAGUCGUUAAUGUUUACAAGAAGGCUGUAUAUAUGCUAAUAGAUCAGAAUGAAAAACAAAAUAGAUGACUAGAAAUUAUUGUAAUGUAAAAUAGAUAUUAAAUAUAAUGACAUUAGGGACGGGAAUGA